AUUAGACUAAUCACAAAUUAGAAGAACAAACAUCGCCAAAUUAGAAAAUAUUUGUCAAAAAUUUUUAAAAAAAAUUGUCAAAGAAUGGGAGAGGUUGAUGAACCACAAGACAUAGCUGAUCGCGAACGAAUCUUCAAGCGCUUUGAUGAAAAUGGUGAUGGACAAAUCUCUGCAACAGAACUUGGAGAGACAUUGCAAGCCUUAGGUUCUGUUACUCCUGAAGAAGUUAAGUAUAUGAUGGAUGAAAUUGACACUAAUAAAGAUGGUUUCAUUUCUUUUCAAGAGUUUACAGAAUUUGCCAAAGCUAACAGAGGCUUGAUUAGAGACGUUGCUAAAAUUUUCUAGUUAUAUUUUGAUAUACAUUUAACUUAUAUACACUAACCGCGCUCUGAUUAUUAUUUCUAGUUGUAAUUAUCUAUUACGCAACGUAAUAGUGUGAAAAUUCUUUAAGAUAAAGUCUAUAUCAGUCCCAUUUUUUUAAUUAUUUUUUUCUUGUUAAAGAAACCGUUUUUAAGUUAGUUAAAACUGUAACCUCCAUUUUCCUUACAUCAUAUUGUAGUGUAUGUAUUUUUAUAUAUUUUUUUCAUUUUAAAUU